UCACAUCUUGGUUCAGCUGAUGAGUUGAUGAGUUUAGCUCUGGUUUACAGGUUAACGUUACUGAGUCGCUGUCUAACAACGAAAUCGCAAGAUAAGGUCUCCAUCCAUACCAGCGCCAUGGAGGAUCUCCUGAAGAGAGAGUUGAACACGACAAAACUGCGGCCCAUCGGGGGCGGCGGUGGCUGUAUCAACCACGGCGAAGGGUACGAGACCGAUCACGGGAGGUUCUUUGUCAAGAUGAAUGGUGAUAAGGGGGCUAGAGUGAUGUUUAAAGGAGAAUAUGCCAGCCUGGAGGCCAUAGCAGCCACUGGUACAGUAACAGUGCCGAAACCUAUCAAGGUUUUAGAUGACCCCAGAGGGAGAGGAGCCAUGUUGAUUAUGGAACAUCUGGACAUGGGAGGCCUGAGGUCAUAUGCUGACCAGUUGGGAGAACAAAUGGCAAGACUACAUCUCCACAAUGAAGAGGUGGCCAAAAAAGGCAAGCGGCCGUCGUCCAGAGUUGGACAGGGCGGGGACGCGUCGCCGGCGUACGUUUCACAGUUUGGGUUCCACACGGCCACGUGCUGUGGAGCUAUCCCCCAGGACAACUCAUGGUCAGACGACUGGGUGUCCUUCUAUGCAACUAGGAAACUGAAACUCCAGUUGGACCUGGUGGAGAAAGAUUACCAUGAUAAAGAGACCCGUGACCUUUGGCCCCAGCUGGAGCGGAAGCUGCCGAAGUUUUUUGAGGGUGUGAAGGUGACCCCAUCACUGCUGCAUGGCGACCUUUGGGGAGGGAACGCAGCCGAGAACAGCAAAGGACCAGUCAUAUUUGACCCAGCAUCCUUCUAUGGCCACCAUGAGUAUGAGAUGGCCAUAGCCUCCAUGUUUGGAGGAUUCGGAGGAAAGUUUUUCUCAGCAUACCACAAAGUUCUUCCUAAAGCCUCAGGCUGGGAGGCCAGGCAUGAACUGUACAAACUCUUCCACUACCUGAAUCACUGGAAUCACUUUGGAUCAAGCUACCGAAGUUCCUCCGUCAGUAUCAUGAAGAGUCUUCUGAAGGAUUACUAAUUACAAGAAAACCCAUAACUGUAUCUGAAGUUCAAUCUUGCACGUAUUAUUGCUGAAUGGCCAAAAGAGAUGCUUGUCACUUUGAAUAUGACUAUAGACAUUGUUGCUGGCUGCACAGUAAGAUUUCACAUACUGUUUGAGAAAUCUUCCUGCUUUGAAAUUGUAUUGUAUAUUUUAUUUAUAUGAAUUAAUUGCCUUUCGCAAAAAGUGUUAUUAGAAUUCAAGCCAAUCUUACAAAGAGCAUCUUUAAGAGAAACAUUCUGCUCUUUAUGGAACCGGAAAGCCGUAUAAGUAUGAAAGAUAUCGAUGUGACACCAAACAGCAUGUAACUCCAGCUACAUGUAAUGUCAUGUAACAUGUUGUCCUAGAGUGUUUAACCUUUGGUUGCUUACAGGUGCCACACAGCUCUGGUUUUAUGCUUGCAUACUGGUACCCUGGAGUCCUAAAGGUCAAUACAUGGACAUUGAAAUACUGAA